UAUGAAUCAUAUCUAAGCGAUAAGAACCACAAGCAACUGAGAGCUUAAGUAACACACUACUUACGAAUAUACAAAACGCACGCACGCAUGUAAUUCUAAAGCUGAUGGCUAGAAGUAUAUAUAUUCCAUCCUGCUCUAUAAAUAGUCUGUCUGCAAACAGUAGUUUCAUUACAAAUGCACAACUGGUCCAAACUCCGAAUGCGGUUGCUGAAAAUUAAAGACUUCUCAGUUUGAAAUCUAAAUCCACACAUCGAUUCUAUUCUGGUGUGAAAUCGGUAAAUUGAGAAGUAAGCAAAUUUCUCUCCAAAGGAAAACUGAGACACAAAAGACAUCUCAAUCUCACGGACCUCUUGGAUUUAAUGGUUUUAAGGCAGCCACCAAUAAACGCUUGCAAGCACACACAUACGCACAUGCAUAAGUAUAUAUAAGGAAGAGUUAAGACAUCAAAGUUGAGAAAAUGUCGAAGGUUGAAGAAAACCCAAUUCUGGCUCUUGACAAUCCCGCCAAAUCAAAUAAUGAUUUACUAUCCAGUGCUAAAAAUUAUAACGAAGUGUCAAUUAUUGCCAAAGUAUAUAAUGAAAAGAGCAGGAAGAAGGCUGAGGAAGAACAGGAAAUGCAGAAAAUUUUUUACUUAAUCACAUGUGGUCAAACAAUAAUGAAAGGUAACCACAUCCAAAUGUUUGUGGACCUUGUGAAUGAGAAGGGCAACGACAUAGAACUCAUGGGGUUAGACAAACGUCAGUUUUUAAGAAAUGUCGCGCGUGAAAUGAAAAUCUUUCGGAAAUAUACUAAACAAAACAACGACAUGAUUCUUCAGAAUCUUCCUUGGUUUCGUGAACGGCUGUUUGACAUUUACACUAACAGCAAUCCCUACAAGCAUAAGGCCAUUACAUUACCAAAGCCAGUCACAAAAUUCCAUUCCGUUUCUUCUUCUGAAGUUGUGCCACGAAAAUUGGAGUUUGAGGAAUCUGAUGAAGACACCCCAAAUAUAAUAUCAAAUAUUGCCACAAUCUAUCAUGGAAUAGUGACCUACUCACCAUAUUUGAUGACUCUACGUUGUAACACAACUGAUGGUAGAAGUAACACAGUCCACUGUCCGUCACCCAUCAUAGACAUUACAAGAAUCGGUGAAGAGACUGUUCUGGCCACAUUGCCAUUUAGGCAAAAACUAAUCAUUUUUAACCCCUCAAGUUGGGAAAUGAUAUCUCUGGAUUAUGGUUUCGAUAAGAUUUCUUAUUUGCAACAUUGUAAAUUUGUAGGGCUGGAACUGUUUGGCAAGACGAUCUAUCUUGUGGACUGGGCCAAUGAUACAGUUGAAAAAAUAACUGCCCUAGAAGAGAGGCCUACAAGUAUCAUAGUAGGACCUCAGAAUCACCUCUUAUUAGCAUUUGCUAAUAUAAAUAAAGUUGUCUGCUGCAGUCUUGAUGGCAGACAGUUAUUUCAAGUAUAUACACACUCAACAGAUAUUCCAACUAGUAUCUCAGUUUUUCACAAUUAUUUUUACGUUCUGCAAGGAAAUGUCAUCUACAGGAUUUCAUCUAAGGGUGGAGUGUCACAGAGAAAAAUUGCGAUAAAAGCUCGAUAUAUUUGUUGUGUCACAAAUGCUAUUUUCCUGCUUGAUUUCUCAGGCAUUGCAUAUACUCUUAAGACAAAUAAUAACUUUUGGCCAAGCAUGACUUAUUGCCAACAAUUUCAUACACCAACUGUGAAAAACCAAAUUCAUAUUGAUGACCCCUGUGAGAUUCAAAAUAUUCUGCCUGUGUCAGCCUCUUCUAUAUUACUUCUAUAUAGGAGUCAAGAAGCUAAAUUACUUAGUGAUAAUGGGCAAGUCAUUUGCAGAAGUACAUUAACGUCUAAAUACCAACCUUCUGCCAUCUGCCGAACUGAUUCAAACAGAUUUCUUGUUCUGUAUGGAGAAGAUAGGAAACUUCAGUAUAUUGCAUGCCCUGAACUAACUGAAGGUCACUUUAUAGACAUCGAUGCUGAUUACAUUCAAAUAUGUCAUAUGGUAUCAAAUAAGUACUUGGCUCUGAGCACUGAAGUAGAGGCACAUAUCGUAUUGAUUACAGAGAACAAAAUUGACAUCGUAGACAAAAUUUCACUUAAACAUGAAGAUGUCAUCAUUGCAGCAACUCCAAUCAAUUUUGUAGUAGCAGACAAGAGAGAAAAUACGCUGGUGUUUUAUACAAGCUCUGGUGAAGAACUUUUUGUGAAACGCCUUGAUUUUUACUCCAGCCCUCAUCAUAUCUACACUGACAAAUUUUACUUCUAUGUUGUCUUCAGGAGAGAGUCUCUGAUAGUAUGCUACAACAUAACUGGAGAAAGUAAAUGGAAAUUGAAACUGCCUUCAACUCCUUACUUUCACAUUGAUGUUUUCCAAGGAACUGUAUACGUAGUGGAUGUUAUACACAGCAGAAUGCUUCUUUAUAAAUACUCUGACUGGUCCAGUUGUAAUAUACAGAUCAAAAACCCUUACAUCAAAAAUCUAGAUAUUCGGCUUGAAGAAAAUAAGAAUAACAAAAUACUCAUUGCCAAAAUGUGCUGGCUCCCAAGUGGGCAGUUUGUGUUGUCCAACUUUGAUAAUGACCACUUGUUAUAUGUUUCUAAAGAUGGAGACAUUGUGUCUAGAUUAUCUCUGCCAUCUACAGCUACAGAUAUAUGCCGAUGGGAUUGUAAUCACAUAGGUGUCACAUUACCCCUAGAGAAACAACUAUGGGUUAUCGGAAAUCUAUCAAAAAGAAUUAGAACUCUAUCAUUAAGCCAGCCUUAUACAUCGGUACGUAAGCUCGGUGAAGGUCACAUUGCCUGUGCUUGUGACAAACCUUCUCGUUUAGACAUUGUAUCGAUUCAAAGCCACAACCAAGGUGAAAUAACUUCUACAAUCAAUAUACCUUUUAUAAAGUCAUUAGUGAUAGAAAACGAAACACAAAGUGUACUGGUUGUUACUAAAAAAAAGGUAUUUCUCUACAAACCUGUUACUGGUAAGAAGAGGAGGAGGAGGAAUAGUAGUAGUAGUAGUUGUAGUAGUAGCAGCAGCAGCCACAGUAGCAGUUGUAAUAGUAAUAAUAGUGGUAGUAAGUUGGUCCCCACCCUUUUACUGCCUCAUAUCAGACCUCCACCCAAUCUCUAUGGUGGAUAUAUUGAUAACAUAUUUGUUUAUCUGAUAGACAACACUAGUAUGUUUGCUAUAAAUGACUAUAACCUAGUAGUGAGAGAUUACAUUACCAAUAAUCAGCUUAACAUGCACAUCGACCUGGUAGAUGUAUUUUCUAGAAACAUCUGCGUCAGUGAAAUGUUGUCCUCUAAAUUGCAUAUGCAGGACCAUACAGUUUCUGAUAAAGCCCGACAUAUUUCAACCCCUCGAUCCGUUGGAGACAACGAAUACACGGUCAUUACUGGUUGUUCAGUUAUUACUGAUAACAACCUGAUUAUACUCUACGACAAUGUAAAUUCGAACAUUAAGAUAUUAACAUUUGACGGUCAACUUCUUGACUCGAUAAAAUUAGAUAUUUUCCCUAGAUAUAUGUGUCGCUGGCAGUCAAACACACUGGUUAUUACAACUGGUGAUGAAUACCAACUGUUAACGUUAAAAGUAGAAUUUCCAUUGUCUCUGGUAACUUACCAGGCAGAAAAUGAGUAUUCUUGUAUUGCUUCCUUGUCUGACAAUCUACUUGUAUGUUGUGGUAAUACAGAUGGAGAGAAAUAUUUGCUUAUUAUUAAGAUUGAUGAAAUACAGUCGACUGUGUGUGAGAUGAAUAAAAUCGAAAUAGACAUUACUAAAAUAUUCGGUAGAAAUUAUGACGACGAGAUAUGCGGUAUUGCAGUUACUGCUGAGGAUGUCAUCAUAUUCAUCAGUGAUCAUUAUAUCGUUUUCGUUAAGCGCAAUGGUGAACUUUUACGUGUUGUACAGCAUCACAUGUAUGUCAAGGCAAACUAUUUGACAAUUGACGAUGCUUAUUUGUACAUUUACGGAUGGUGGGAUAAAGAAAAUGACUUUCAACGUAGUCGUAUUAUGUGCUUGUUGCAGACGGGUAAAUACAAGAGAUUAUUUUUAAGUAAAAGACAUUACAAACGUGGAAUAAAUUUCUCCAGUAUAAACUGUAAUGGCCCAAGGUUUGUUGGAAACACCGAAAACCGUUUGUAUGUCGAAGGUUCGUUUAAACUUAAUCGAGAGAGAUUCUCCAUCUGUCAGUUGCAAACAGACCUGUAUCCUGUUGAAGUAAAAGAUCUUGAUAUCUCUGUUGAUGGACAGACGGUUGUAUGUGAAAAAGCCAAUAUUGGCGGUGUUAAAACAUCUGAUAGAGACGGGGAGCUGGUAUGUUACAGAGAUCUUGGAACUUUAGUUGGUGGUGUGUGUUAUACAGGAGAAAGAGAUAUAAUGGUUACAAUUCCGAACAGAAAAGAAAUAUUUCGACUGAAGCAACAAGAUUUGGUAAACUAUAAAGUCUGGCAAAGUGAAAUACCUUUUGGAGUAAUAUGUAGAAAAGCAGAAAACACUUACUGGUGUGUACAUAUUAACUUGACUGAAUAUUAUACCGUAGAGAUUGAUGGUGACCAAUUGAACAUUCUGGAAUGCAUGUCAUUAAAGCUUGACUCUGGUCUUCAUUUCCCUCCCAUUACACCUUAUAUGAACAAUGAAAUAUUCAGUAAUGAAUCAAUUAAUACAUUGAAACGUAGCAAAGGAGAUGAGGGGGAAAAAUCACGUAAAAUAAUCGAUAAAGGUAGAUUAAAGGUGAGAUGUGGUAAUUACAUUGCAGAGACUACGUUAGGAAGCAAUGAAAUAUUAGUGAAGAGAAUGCCAUAUAGAACAGCAAUGUUUCCUCUUUCCACCCCUACAGGUAUUGAACUAGAUUAUAAUCGUGAUAGGUUCACCAAAUUAAUUAUGUUACCUGACAAUUUUGCUGUUAUCAUACAAAGCCCUACUCUCAUUGUAGCCAACACAACAGGUGAAUUAUUUCAUCAUACUGUACUGGAUAAACAUGCUCAGGAUAUAUGUCGGUGGACAGAUGACUGUUUCAUAGUCCUCUUCCAAGAAAAUAAACAACUGAUGUUCUUCAAAAGAGAUCUCUCCUGUUUAAAAACCAUCAACAUUACAAAAGAUUAUGAAAUGAUUUAUAAAAAGAACAACAAUCAACUUGUGUGUGGUGGUUAUACUUUAGAUAAAAGAUCUGGCUGGAAAUUCUAUUAUGUCGAUGUAGUUAACAUCCUUGAUGAAACAUGUGAAUACAGUCAUGAAAUAUGGUCUCGAGGAACUGAACUGAAGAAAAUUUGUGUAACAUCAAGCGAAGAUAUUAUUAUUGUUGUGAAAGAGAGGUGGAAAUAUGCUGUUGUGCAUUGGUACAGAGAAGGUUUGGUCUGGAGUUUAGAAAUAAGAUUGAAUCUAUAUGAUGAGAGAAUUCAUCUAUCAACACAUGGUGAAUAUAUGUAUAUAACAGAUAAGUAUGACAAUAUAUACCAAAUAGCUAGAGAUGGUGAACAACAGUUAUUCCUCAGCACUGAUGAUAGUGAAAUCCACACAGUUCUUGGUUUUGAUGUUUCGGCCAAUUUUAUCAUGAUUUUUGGACCUGUUUCAGGAUCUCAAUCUUAUUGUUUCUUACAUUAUGAAAGAUAAACAUUUUCAUAACUAC